UAUUCAGAGAUAUAUUCUUAGAAUGGUAUUACCUGGAUGCAUUUGGUGAAGACCAAUCUAGCUAUUACAACUGGCUAGAUUGUUUUGAUAGUUGGAUUGUAUCACUGUCUCGUACACUGUCUAAUCUAUAAAACUGCAGCUUUCUAAUUGUAUGCUUAAACAUAGAUUGGAAUCCAGAAAUCAAAAUACAUGAGGAUUGGGAAUAGAUGUCUUCUGGGUAACUCUCUGAGCUAUCUUGUCUACUUGUUUAAGAAACAUUUCUGCUAUAAAAGCUGUAAGGAUCAAACAUCUGUUAAAUUUAAAGAUGUAUAAAUGUGGCAGGAAAAAAAAGUAACAGAAUGUAAAACUCAGUUGCUGUUUAAAAGCUCACAGAUGCAGUUCUAUAUCCCAGGGAGGAAAGGUCAACAAUAAUAGUUACUUGUUUAUUUUCUACAGGGGAUACUUGCAGAAGGGCUUCAGACUAAUAGAGUAACACAGGAGGCAGCUCUCUAGAAAAUUUAGUUGUAGGUGUUCUCAGUUAAUAUAGCAACUUGAACUCUGAGAUGAGUUCCCCUGGGGCAGCAAAGAAGAGGAUCCUCCCAGCAUGGAUGACCAGGAAGACAGUUGAACCAGCACAAUGGGCAGAAAUGAGGCCAAAGAGAAGGAAAAGCACAGCUUUAGCAAGGACUGAGACUGUAUAUUGUAUGAACGAAGCAGAGUUGGUAGACAUGGCUCUUUGCAUUUUAGCUGAGAACUGCAAGGCUACAGAAGGUGAUCUGAUUUCAUCAGAAAGUGAGGUACAAGAGCUUCAACAAGAACUGACCAUCUGUACCAACAUUGCCAAGGAUCCUCCUGUAAGAUCCACAUCUCCAGAUCAGUCAGCUUCAAGUUGCAGUGAGGAGACCAAAAGGGAGGAAGAUGAUGAUGCCUUAAAAUAUGUCAGAGAGAUCUUCUUUACUUAAUUUUAACAUUUAUAAACGUUUUUUUAAAAAUUGGUAAAUAGAAGAUAUAGAUAUGAUGACAGUUGUGGCUUGGAUAUCAGAGGUGAGGCAACAGUACAUCACAGUGUCAGGACUUCAGGAAAUAAACUGAUCAGGAGGAAA